AUGUGCUUGAAUUUACGAACAUCGUUAAAAAUACAAUUAAUAAUAUUAAAAUCUCGAUUAAGUCAACAAUCGAAACGUGGGAAAAAAUGUAAACAAACAUUUUUAUUGCUCUAUCCACACAUCAAAGUUGUGUCACUUUUGUCCUCGCGACUACGUGAUCCAUUUGCUGAUCUUAAUUUAAAAAUAAUUGCGUUGCCACAAGAUGAGUUUAUAUUUGAAGUUCCAAAUAAAGUACAUCCUAUCGUUCCUGAUAUAGCAAAAAUAUCAUCUGAAGAUUUGAUGAUUCUCCAGAAUUCAGAUCAGGAUCCGGAAGUGAGGCCAGGAUUAUUUGAAGGUGAUAUUGCCAUGUCUAACGAAUAUUACAAUCACUGGCGAAUAGGCUUACGAUGGGAUGUUUUUCCAGAAAAAAUAUGGGAAAAGAGAACAGUGCCUUACGUAAUUAGUCCAUUAUACAAGCCAUCUGAUUAUGUAACUAUUUAUAAAGCUUUAACCUAUUUGAAUUACAUGACCUGUGUCAAAUUCAUUCCAUGGAACGGAGAAGCCAAAGAUUUUGUUGUUAUAUGGCCAAUAAAAUAUCCACAAGGGUGUUGGUCAUAUGUAGGAAAAACCGGCGGCGUACAAAUUUUAUCGUUACAACCGCCAGAUCAAAAAGGACCCAACUGUUUGGGAACUGAAGGAAAAGCAGUUCACGAACUGAUGCAUGCCCUGGGAAUUUUUCACGAACAAAGUAGAGCCGAUCGCGAUAAAUUUGUGAAAGUCAAUUUUGAUAAUAUUAUACCAAGAUUUAAAGGAAAUUUUGCCAAACACAGUUCGACAAAUACAACCUACAAUUACGAGUACGAUUACGACAGUAUAAUGCAUUAUGGAAGUCAUUAUUUCAGCAAAAACAAACGAAAGGCAACUCUUAUACCAUUAACGCCAGGUGUGAGAUUAACUGGUCAACGAAAAGCGAUGACAAAAACUGAUUGUCUAAAGGUUAAUGAACUGUACGGCUGCUUGCGAAAACCAUCAUUGGCUCGUCGAUAUCAUCACCUCUGUCAAACAUUAGGUAUUUAAAUACAGUGGAACCUCAGUUAUUAUAUUCCAACUAAAGUCCAAUCAAUAGAAACUUAUCUUUUGCAAUUAAUUACAAAUUAAUAGACAAAUAAUAGAAUUCGAGUAUUUUAAUAUUUUUCCAAAAGUAGGUUUAAUUUUGAGAUUUAACUGAGGUUCAAAUGUAAAUAUGUUUAAAAUAUAUUUUACCCCGAGUCAAAUGAAAAUUUAAACUUCUUGUUUGAAAAUAAAACGAUAAUUUUUUACAAGAAUACAAGAAAAAAAGCAAGAUAUAAAAUAAAAAAACGCAAAAUGCAAUUUUUUUAUAAGAAAAACUAAAAAAUGUUUUCUCUUUUUUUAUUCCAUAUCUAAAACAUGACAUUGAUGUGCAAUAAUUUAUCAAAUGAUAUUACAUGUUUUUGUAAGUUAUUUUAACACAGUUUGUCGAUGAUAGUUCUCUUCUAUUGAUCAAAAUAAAAAAAUCAUAUGAAUAGUCUCAAACAAAGCUCAGACUAUUUAGAUGUUGGAAUGAAUACUGAAGAUUUCGUUCUAAACCGUAAUUAAAUUUAAUCUUUGGACUAACAGUAAUCGCAAACGCUUUAUUUUUUAAAUUUACCGUAAUUGCUAUCAAAAAUUUCAUUCAUUUAUUUUUUUUUUCAUUAAUUUUGCUUGUAACCUGCUACAAGUUAAUGAAAAUUUAUUCACAAACGUCUGUAUGCUUCUGUAAAUUUUUUUUCUUUUAUUAUUUAUAAUUCUCUCGAACAUUUGACCCAAAUAAUAAUAAAAGAAAAUUAAUCUUUUACUUUAUCGUCUCGAUACAAAAAAAAACGAUAUUCAAUUAAUUAGAACGUCUGAAAAAAUUGUUAGAUAAAAGCAAACAGACAUUUAUACUGAGAAAAUUUUCGCGUCAAUAAAUGUUAAAAAUGUAUCCAAGUUUAGAUAACUAAUAUUUAAUUCUUAGAAAAAGGG